AUGAUCAUCUCAUCUGUGCAGGUAUCUCAUCUCAUCUGUACAGUUCCCUCUCCCUACUUUGCCCAUUCCCUCCCUACUUUGUCCACCCUGGGGCCUCUCCCCACUUCACCCGCCCUGGGGCCUCUCUCCACUUCACCUUCCCUGACACCUCUCUCCACUUCACCCACCCUGGGGCCUCUCCCCACUUCACCCACCCUGGGGCCUCUCUCCACUUCACCCACCCUGGGGCCUCUCCCCACUUCACCCACCCUGGGGCCUCUCCCCACUUCACCUGCCCUGACACCUCUCCCCACUUCACCUGCCCUGACACCUCUCUCCACUUUACCCGCCCUGACGCCUCUCUCCACUUCACCCACCCUGGGGCCUCUCCCCACUUCACCCACCCUGGGGCCUCUCUCCACUUCACCCACCCUGGGGCCUCUCCCCACUUCACCCACCCUGGGGCCUCUCCCUACUUCACCCACCCUGGGGCCUCUCUCCACUUCACCCACCCUGGGGCCUCUCUCCACUUCACCCACCCUGACACCUCUCUCCACUUCACCCACCCUGGGGCCUCUCCCCACUUCACCCACCCUGGGGCCUCUCUCCACUUCACCCACCCUGGGGCCUCUCCCCACUUCACCCACCCUGGGGCCUCUCUCCACUUCACCCGCCCUGACGCCUCUCUCCACUUCACCCGCCCUGGGGCCUCUCCCCACUUCACCCACCCUGGGGCCUCUCCCUACUUCACCUGCCCUGACACCUCUCUCCACUUCACCUGCCCUGACGCCUCUCUCCACUUUACCCGCCCUGGGGCCUCUCCCCACUUCACCCACCCUGGGGCCUCUCUCCACUUCACCCACCCUGGGGCCUCUCUCCACUUUACCUGCCCUGGGGCCUCUCUCCACUUCACCCACCCUGGGGCCUCUCUCCACUUUACCCGCCCUGGGGCCUCUCUCCACUUCACCUGCCCUGGGGCCUCUCUCCACUUUACCCGCCCUGGGGCCUCUCUCCACUUUACCCGCCCUGGGGCCUCUCUCCACUUCACCUGCCCUGGGGCCUCUCUCCACUUCACCUGCCCUGGGGCCUCUCUCCACUUCACCCACCCUGGGGCCUCUCCCUACUUCACCUGCCCUGGGGCCUCUCUCCACUUUACCCGCCCUGGGGCCUCUCUCCACUUUACCCGCCCUGGGGCCUCUCUCCACUUCACCUGCCCUGGGGCCUCUCUCCACUUCACCUGCCCUGACGCCUCUCUCCACUUUACCCACCCUGGGGCCUCUCCCCACUUUACCCACCCUGGGGCCUCUCCCUACUUCACCUGCCCUGGGGCCUCUCCCUACUUCACCUGCCCUGGGGCCUCUCCCCACUUCACCCACCCUGGGGCCUCUCUCCACUUUACCCACCCUGGGGCCUCUCCCUACUUCACCCACCCUGGGGCCUCUCCCCACUUCACCAGCCCUUGGGCCUCUCCCGACUUUGUCCACCCUGGGGCCUCUCUCCACUUCACCCAUCCUGGGGCCUCUCCCGACUUUGUCCACCCUGGGGCCUCUCUCCACUUUACCCACCCUGGGGCCUCUCCCUACUUCACCCACCCUGGGGCCUCUCCCCCCCUUCACCCACCCUGGGGCCUCUCCCCCCCUUCACCCAUCCUGGGGCCUCUCCCCACUUCACCCACCCUCUCCCUAUGUGAUACACUAUGAUUUAUGA